GGUCAAAGUGUUCCAGCAGCCUGCAGCAGCUGGUAUCUUCUCACCUGCACACAGAUCAUAUCGGGUCAUCUGAGGCCAAACUAGAACACGUCAUCCCAAACAGGAUCCUUGGAGUCUGGAGAGGAUAUAAGGCGGGCCGACUGGACCUCUGCACCUUUGUGAAGACGUGUGAACUGAACAAUGAGGGCUGUUGGUUUGCUGCUGCUGCUGCUGGCUCUGUGUGGGUCAGGAGCUCAGGGGGAGCUUCAGGAGACGGAGACCACAAAGACAACCACACCUGACAUCUGGGCGGAGGUGAGGGCUCUGAGAGACAUGGUGGUGGAGUUCAACCUGCAUGUGGAGCUGCUGCAGAAAGAGAACUCAGAGCUGCAGACCAGACUGAGCAGCAGUGAGAGUGAACUUCUCAUCAGCAAGUUCAGGAUCGAGACGCUGGAGAGAGAAAAUACAGAGAGGAAGGUGGCCUUUUACACAGCUCUGACUGAUGACGGAUAUGUUGGACCGUUCACCUCAGCCACCACACUGAAAUACAGCAAAGUCUUCACCAACAUCGGCAAUGCUUACAAUCCAUCUACAGGUUACUUCACAGCUCCAGUCAGAGGGGUCUACUACUUCCAGUUCACUUCGUCUGGUUACCAAACAGGUUGGAUGGGUGUCUCUGUGUUCAAGAACAACCAGUGGAUCAUGUAUAAUCAUGAGAAUAAGAAAGAGACAGGUUAUGACUACAUAACUAACUCUGUUGUCUUGGAGCUGAUGGCAGGAGAUGAAAUCCACCUUGUUCUCCAAAAAGGCUUUUCUCUCUAUGACAGUUCACGCAACCACAACACCUUCAGUGGCUCCCUCCUCUUUACACUGUGAGGAUCCUUCAGCUGCUGUCUGACUCCUUAUUGGCUACACCAGGGGCACACAGCAAAACCAGGAGUGUUAAUUCAACUCACAGUUUAAUACAGAGUGUUAAA